AUGGUCUCGCAGGUCAUAUCGAUAGACAACCCAUGUCACGGACAUCAGACGGAGGGCAAGAACAGCUACUACUACGCACACAAGCAGUGCGAGAACGUGGAGAUCCGCGAGUGGGAUGGCAAAGCAGCGCCGCGUCUCCUCAAUACGCAGUCUUUGACGGUGCUCGAGCCAGCUGAAGUAACAGAAGCGGUUUCCAGCUUUGUGUGGGCAGACGGCAAGAAACGUGUGUCCGUGUACCUGAAACUGCCGGGCAUUGGCUCUCACUCGGUAGAGAACACGCACAUUGACUGGACUGCCACAAGUUUGACGGUCAAGAUCAAGAACUUGGACGGCAAGACGCGCUUGUUUGUGGUGGCCAAGCUGUACGCCGAGAUCUCGGACAAGGACGCUGCGUAG